AGCCGACGUCUAUCGUUUCUCUUUCCCCUUGGAACUCGUAUUAGGGUUUCUGACUUCCUUAUAUCAGAGACUCUCUACACAUAUUUAGGGGAUUUGCUGCAAACCAACAGGUGGUUAUUGAGAAAGAUUUGGGAUUUCUUCGAUAACUAGGAUUAGGGUUAGAUGGGUACAGAAAGGAAAAGGAAGGUGAGCUUGUUCGACGUCGUAGAUGAAGCCACAGCGACCGCUAAGGUUAACAAAGCAAACGGCGGAGGCGCCGUUCAUGGUAUCAACAAUAGCACGGGUGGUAUGUCUCUCGUGAACAGCUGGAAUGGACGCCCUUACUCACAGCGUUAUUUUGAUAUCUUGGAGAAGAGGAAGACUCUACCAGUUUGGCAUCAGAAAGAAGAGUUUUUGAAAGUACUCAAAGAGAAUCAGACGCUUAUUUUAGUCGGAGAAACCGGUAGUGGUAAAACAACUCAGAUUCCUCAGUUUGUCUUGGAAGCUGUGGAGGUAGAGAGUGCUGAUAGACGCAAGAAAUACAUGGUUGGUUGUACCCAACCUCGUAGGGUGGCUGCAAUGUCAGUUUCCCGUAGAGUUGCAGAGGAAAUGGACGUAACAAUUGGAGAGGAAGUGGGUUACAGCAUUCGUUUUGAAGAUUGCAGCAGUGCCAAAACUGUCUUGAAGUACUUGACAGAUGGUAUGCUUUUGAGAGAAGCCAUGACAGAUCCACUUCUGGAGAGGUAUAAAGUGAUAAUUCUUGAUGAGGCUCAUGAGAGAACGUUAGCUACUGAUGUUUUGUUUGGGCUUCUAAAGGAAGUCCUUAAGAACAGACCUGAUCUUAAGCUGGUUGUAAUGAGUGCCACUCUUGAAGCUGAAAAGUUUCAGGGUUAUUUCUUCGGUGCACCAUUAAUGAAAGUUCCUGGUAGACUUCACCCUGUUGAAAUAUUCUACACUCAAGAACCCGAAAGGGACUACCUUGAAGCAGCAAUCCGAACAGUGGUGCAAAUACACAUGUGUGAGCCACCUGGCGACAUUCUUGUUUUUCUAACCGGAGAGGAGGAGAUAGAAGAUGCAUGUCGGAAAAUUACAAAAGAAGUUGGAAACAUGGGAGACCAGGUGGGUCCCGUGAAAGUUGUUCCUUUGUAUUCGACACUCCCUCCAGCGAUGCAGCAGAAGAUAUUUGAACCUGCUCCACCUCCAUUGACAGAAGGUGGUCCUGCUGGAAGGAAGAUUGUGAUUUCAACAAACAUUGCAGAAACCUCUUUGACCAUAGAUGGCAUAGUUUAUGUGAUAGACCCUGGUUUUGCAAAGCAGAAGGUUUAUAAUCCGCGUGUACGUGUCGAGUCUUUAUUGGUUUCUCCAAUAUCAAAAGCAAGUGCUCACCAGAGAUCAGGUCGUGCUGGAAGAACACAGCCUGGUAAAUGUUUUAGGCUCUACACAGAGAAAAGUUUCAAUAAUGAUCUUCAACCUCAGACCUACCCUGAGAUCCUUCGAUCCAAUCUUGCAAAUACGGUUCUUACUUUGAAGAAACUGGGUAUAGAUGAUCUGGUUCAUUUUGAUUUUAUGGACCCUCCUGCCCCUGAGACUUUGAUGCGUGCUUUAGAGGUUUUGAAUUACUUGGGAGCUUUGGAUGAUGAAGGAAACCUGACAAAGCUGGGUGAAAUCAUGAGCGAGUUUCCAUUAGAUCCUCAGAUGGGGAAGAUGCUUGUGGUGAGCCCUGAGUUCAACUGUUCCAACGAAAUUCUUUCCAUCUCGGCUAUGCUAUCAGUACCCAAUUGCUUUGUACGGCCUAGAGAAGCUCAGAAGGCUGCUGACGAGGCAAAAGCAAGGUUUGGACACAUCGAUGGGGAUCAUCUCACGCUCUUGAAUGUGUAUCAUGCCUACAAGCAGAACAAUGAGGAUCAAUCAUGGUGUUAUGAGAACUUUGUGAAUCAAAGGGCGCUCAAGUCUGCUGAUAACGUGAGGCAACAGCUGGCUCGGAUCAUGGCAAGGUUCAACCUCAAGUUAUGCAGCACAGAUUUCAACAGCCGGGAUUAUUACAUCAACAUCAGGAAAGCCAUGCUGGCAGGCUAUUUCAUGCAGGUUGCACAUUUGGAGCGAACUGGACAUUAUUUGACUGUCAAAGAUAAUCAAGUGGUUCAUUUGCACCCAUCAAACUGUCUGGACCACAAGCCAGAAUGGGUUAUUUACAAUGAAUAUGUGUUGACAAGCAGGAAUUUUAUACGCACUGUUACAGAUGUUCGGGGUGAAUGGAUUGUUGAUAUUGCUCCACAUUACUAUGAUCUUGACAACUUCCCACAAUGUGAAGCCAAGCGGGUUCUAGAGAAGCUGUACAAGAAAAGGGAAAAAGACAAGGAGGAGAGCAGAAGCAGAAGAUAGAAAACAACACUCCACUCAUGAUUUGGGUUUGGUAUGAAAUAUUAUUUUAAGGUGAGGAAUGGGGGUGUGGACGCAACUGUUUGUCUUUCUCAAGGUUAUUGGAGGCUGGGGCAGCAAAAAUAUUUUAUCGUGUAUCUUUAGUUUAGCAACAGUUGGUUGGUUUUGUCUGAAUUGAAUAAUCUUAGAUCAGUUCAAUGUUUUGUCUGCUUUGUUCUAUUAUUAAACCUUUUUUUAACAUCUGGAAAAAAAGAGCUGCAAGUAAUGCUUUCUUUCUGA